CAGACGAAGAUGGUGAAGCUUUAUUGCACGUUCGGGGGAGAAACCAAGACGCAGAAUCUCUACAUUUUGCUCUUUAUAGUUCGCCUGUGAGCUACAGUGCCAUCUCUGUAUGGUGAAGACAGAGGAGCCAUGAAGAAGCAUGGUCGUGUUUGCGGGAGUCGCUGCCUGGGGCCGAUGAGUUUCCUUCAAGAAGUGAAAGGGCAGCGUGUGACCAUUUACCAGGGUGGACAUCUUGCCUCGAGAGAUGCCUCGUGCAACAUGCACGGCCUGGUCUUCGUCAGCCGUCCGGUAAAAGUGAAGGAGAAAAUCUCUGUGUGUAUCGAAGAUGCAGUUCCAUUGUUGGACGGAGCACUCCGCAUCGGCUUCACUAACCACCGUCCCAACGCCAACCUGAUCCCACCAACUGCUAUACCACACCUGACAGAGACCCCUGGGUACUGUGUGGUGCCCGUUCCUGCAGAAGUGUGCCAGCCUGGAGCAUACAUCACGUUUUGGUUGAACCAUGCAAAGUAUGCUCUGAUUCAGGGAACAGAUGGGAAGACAUUUUACAUGAAAGCAAAAGGACUAGUAAACCUAAAUGAACCACUUUAUGUUUUCUUGGAUCUGUAUGGGAGCACCAGCGCAGUGCGCCUCCUGGGUUCGAGGAAAGGAGAUCGGACAUCAUGCCCCGAUCCAGGCCAGUCCAGCAGUGGUGAAACAAAAGUGAAAGAUCAAGGACUUAACAAAAACUUCCUCAGCGUCAAGAACAAUGUACAGUCAGAUACUAGAAGACUUUCCAGAGAAGAACCACCAUCACAGACAAGAGCUGCUCCAUCUUGUUUUACUCAAACAGUAUCUACACAAGAACCAGACCAAACCAAGCACAGGCAGACUACAACCAAGAAAGAUCUUAAAAGGAUCCGUCAGUCAUCAAUGGAGGAGAUGGAUGUCACGUCUUUGCUGAGAGAGUUCCAGCAGCAGUAUCUCAGCCCAAGUGAGUUCCAUGUGGUUGUUUGUCGGAAAAGACUGCUCAAGAGUGCCAUCGAUGCUCUGUCCAACAGCAGCUUCUCCUGGACUAAAACCCCUCAUAUUGAGUUUGUUGGCGAGGUGGCUUUUGACAGCGGAGGUCCAAGAAGGGAGUUUUUUAGACUCCUGAUGAUGGAGGUACAAGGCAGUCUGGGCAUUUUUGAGGGCAAACCUGGACACUUAUUCUUCACCUACGACCAGAGUGCUUUGCAGCAGCGCAAGUACGAGCAGGCUGGAAAACUUGUAGCUUGGUCCAUAAUUCACAGUGGUCCUGGACUUAAGGCUCUAGACCCUUGUCUUUACCAGAUGAUGUGUGGUCAAGAGGUGCAGUUUAUGGAGUUCGACUGGCGCCUCAUCCCAGAUGCAGAUGUCCAAGGAAAAGUACAAAAAAUUUUGUCCUGUAGGACAUCUGCACACCUUCGUGCUCUUCAAAAGGAACUGGGAGACUGGAUCUGUGAAUGUGGUUUUCCAGGAAUUUAUGGACCAAAAAUUUCCAUCGAAGACAUUCCUGUAGUUUACUCCUACGUUGUGAGGCACUACAUUUAUCUGAGGGUGUCGAAUAUGAUCAAUCAGUUCACUGAGGGUCUGAACUCAUAUGGAAGACUGUGGGACAUGGUGAACGCAAACUGGAUCGAUUUCCUGCCCAUUUUUAUCAACAUGAAUGAGCCCAUAUCCAGAGCUUCAUUCAGGGCUCUCUUCCAGAUCAGCUGGAGCACAGAAGGGACCAACAAGAGACAGGAAGAAGAGCAGACCAUCUACUACUGGGAGCUGGUUCUGAAGAUGAUUGAGGAUAAAAAAACAGAACUACGUUUUGAAGAGCUGCUCACAUUCAUUACGGCAGCAGAUGAAAUUCCAGCGCUGGGAUUCCCCCAGAAACCCAGCAUCAACUUUUACCAGCCUGAAGGACGAGGCUGUCGGCUACCACACGCAUCCACAUGCAUGAUGGGACUGUUCCUACCCAGAGGGGUCAGAAGUCAAGCAGAACUCAACACGAUGCUGCUGAGAGCCGUCAGAGAUUCUGCAGGGGUUUGGUAAAGCAUAGGGACUGUUUUAUAUUUGGAGGGGAAGUCCACCCAAAAAUGUAAAAUAUAUUUUUGAAUAAAUUAUUUGCUAAAGAAAAUGGACCAUUCCAUACUCAACUAUUCAGUAUAACUGUAUAACAUGGGAGAAUAGGUUUUACUUUCAUUGAGCACUGUUUACCAUAUAGUUUGUUAAAACUCUGUUUACUGAAGUUUGAAAAUAGCUUGGACACUUGGAGAAGUCGUGGUAUGCUGGACAGGCACCAGCAUGACCUCUACAGUGAAGGCUGGCCAAAAGAAUUUUGGAAAGAGAAGGAGCAGAAAUACCACUUUGCACAAGAUUACCAGGUAAUAGUAAGAGGUCAUACAAUUGAGAAUGUGUAAUGAGAAAGGAAAGCACAGUUUUGGGGAAGCGGAAGACUCUCUUUUACACACCAUUGUACAUGUUUGCUUUAUCAGGCUGGUUUAAUGUGGCCACUCUGUAAAACUCUGAAGUCUCAACAUUGAAGAAAUGAAAUGUUACUUGAAUUGUUUCUUCGAUUUAUCUCUUGUCAAAUCUUAAUUAAAGCUCUCUCUGAAGUGUUUACCUUGUAUUGUAAGCUUUAAAUGUAACAGUGUUUUAUUAUUAUUUUAAUAACACUUUAUAAAUAACCUUUGUAAGAUAUCAUUGUUGUACA